AUGGAGGCGGGCAGCAUCCACACACAUGGCAAGGGCUCGAAAGCCCUCGACGUCACCGAGCACAACAGCGGCCUUGCCGAGAUCAUCGCCGCCCAGACGGCCCUCCGCCGGCUGAUCGCCUGGGAUGAGUAUCGCAAUGAAUUCGUCAUCCUCCGCACCGACUACCUGGCCCUGAUCACGGCGAUGCGCUUGCAAGGAAAUCGAUGCUUCGCCAACGAAUACGACGAGCUGCGCCGCAUCGCUGCCGUCUUCCCGCACGGCGUCGAGUUCCAGCACGUCAAAGCGCACGCCGGUGAUCCGGGCAAUGAGAAGGUGGGGCAGAGCAAGCGCUCCCGCUCUAACCACGGUCGUUUCGAGACGAGAGACCCGAAGCAGAACCUCGACAUCGCCCAGGGAUACGAUUCUGGCUACGAGUCGGACACCGGCAGCUUGGAUGGCAAGGGGGGCUACUACGAGAAGCAGGCCGCCAUGCCACGAACCGCCUACUCCGAAAAGCUGGCAAAGACUCUUGUCGAGAAACUAAGACAAGAUGGAGUGUUGGAAGAUGCGCAACGAGCACUCGCAGCAUACCGGGAUCGUCAGUUUUAUCAGACCUUUGUGAACAAUUCGUCCGGAACUGAUGAAGCAACCUUCUAUAUCCCAAAUCUUCAACCUGCUCCGCUUGUGGCCGGCAUGAAAUCUAUCAAUAAGACCGAGCCAUCGGAGGAUGUAACAGCUGAUGUGGCCGAUCUUGAAAGGAAUGGUAAAAAAGUGGAGAUUCGCCAGCCCGAUGAUGAAGAUAGUUUUACUACAGUCAAGCAGCGCGUCAACCAGUGGCUCGACGAGGCGCAGGAACCAGAGCCGCAAGAGCAGCAGGAGCCAGCCCAA